GGUGCUUCGCCGCUGAGCUUUUGCGUGUGAGCUUUUACUCCCAGCCUCUCAGGGUGACCGCCUUGUGAAGAUGGGGAACACUGCGCAGUGCCGAUGCAGCGAGAAGGAUGAGGAACACGACGUGGAUGGCGACGUCCUGGGCAACGCUACGGUUUUCCUGAACGUUUAUGACCUGAACGACGAGUGGCUGUCAAGCAACCAGAUCUCAAAUGACAUUCUGAACAUUGGAGGUGCCUUUCAUGCAGCUGUGGAGGUGCAUGGCAAGGAGUGGUCCUUCGGCGAAGAUGGCAUCACCUGCCAGGCCCCCAGAAGCCAUGAAACGCACGUCUACCGCAUGUCCAUCCCAAUGGGGAGCACUUGCUAUGCAGAAGCGGAGGUGGUGCGAUUUAUGGACGCCGUCAUGAGGAAACAAUGGCAAGGUGGUGAGUACGACAUGUUCGAGAGGAACUGUUGCAGUUUCUCAGAGGCGUUGUGCCAACACCUCGUCGGCCGGGAGCUCCCGGGCUGGGUGACCCGCUUCCCGCGGCUCGCCUCCACCGCCACGAGAAGUGUCAACCACUUGGUCGCCCUGGCGGAGUCUUUGGCCGCCGACCAGCUUGACGAAAAGCUGGAUUGCGUGACCGGCAAGCGCUCGAACGAUUUCUUGUUGGAUGCCGAGGACAUGUCGUGCCGGGACCAGUUCACAGAAGAGGAGGUUGCCUUUGACGACGAUUUGCAACCAAAAGGGCAGACGCCGAUUUGUCGAGUGCACAGCGUGAUCUCGCGAGGGACCAUGGUCUCAGAGGACCCUUCUGAAUAUCCUUUGGCCUCCGGUUGCGCGUUGACGAUGCUGAGAACAAGAUGCACGCACUUGGUCUCUGCUGUAGCUGUUGCUUAAUGUGACCUCCAGCGUUCGGGGAAUGCCCGCGCUUCAGUGCAGAAUUUAUGUUGGCUUGAAUUUAUGUGCAUGGAGCCGGUUAGGUUGAGCAUCACGCGUCCGUUUCCGCUGCUUAACGUCAGGUGAAUGAUGUGGCGUUCGGGUUGU